CUGUACCAGAGCGUCCUGAAGACCUGGAAGUUAAAGAAGUCACUAAAAAUUCUGUUUCUUUGACUUGGAAUCCUCCAAAGUAUGAUGGUGGAUCCGAAAUUAUUAACUAUGUCCUAGAAAGCCGUCUCAUUGGAACUGAUAAAUUCCACAAAGUUACACAGGACAACUUGCUUAGCAGAAAAUACACUGUUAAAGGCUUAAAAGAAGGUGAUACGUAUGAGUACCGUGUCAGUGCUGUCAAUAUUGUUGGACAAGGCAAGCCAUCAUUUUGCACCAAGCCAAUCACUUGCAAGGAUGAGCUGGCUCCUCCAACACUUGAACUUGACUUCAGAGAUAAGAUCACGGUUCGAGUUGGUGAAGCUUUUGCCCUCACUGGCCAUUACUCAGGCAAACCAAAGCCUAAGGUUACUUGGUUCAAAGAUGAUGCCGAUGUGGUAGAAGAUGAUCGCACACAUAUAAAGACCACGCCAACAACACUUGCCCUAGAGAAGACCAAGGCCAAACGUUUAGACACUGGCAAAUACUGUGUGGUUGUGGAGAAUAGUACAGGCUCUAGGAAAGGUUUCUGUCAAGUUAACGUGGUUGACCGUCCUGGACCACCAGUAGGACCGGUUAUUUUUGAUGACGUAACCAAAGAGUACAUGGUUAUCUCUUGGAAGCCACCAUUAGAUGAUGGAGGCAGUGAAAUUACCAAUUAUAUUAUCGAGAAGAAUGAGGUGGGCAAGGAUAUUUGGAUGCCUGUGACAUCUGCAAGUGCUAAACCAACAUGCAAAGUUUCUAAACUGCUUGAAGGAAAAGAUUAUAUUUUCCGGAUACGCGCUGAAAAUCUGUAUGGAAUAAGUGAUCCUCUGGUGUCUGAUUCAAUGAAAGCGAAAGAUCGUUUCAGGGUUCCUUAUGCACCUGACCAGCCAAUUGUUACGGAAGUUACCAAAGACUCUGCAUUAGUAACCUGGAACAAGCCAAAUGAUGGAGGAAAGCCCAUAACAAACUACAUCCUGGAAAAGAGGGAAACUAUGUCUAAACGAUGGGCUAGAGUUACCAAAGAGCCGAUCCAUCCAUAUACUAAAUUCAGGGUUCCUGAUCUUCUAGAAGGGUGUCAGUAUGAAUUCCGGGUUGCUGCAGAAAAUGAAAUUGGUAUUGGAGACCCAAGCCCACCAUCCAAACCAGUCUUUGCCAAAGAUCCAAUUG